CUCGGGCGGACAGCGCCAUCCGCGCCGCCCGUGUCACCCGCGCCAGGCGGCCGCAUGCAGGACCGUGGGUGGCCGCGCGGUGCCCCGAGACCGCGGCGGGGGGCGCAGGCGGGACGCCCCGGGCCCCUCCAUUUUAGGCCUCCGCGGAGGGCACAAGGUACCGCAUCCCAUACCGCAAAAAACCUUCCCAGCCCAGUCCUGUUCCGCCUCUGCGUCCAGAGAAUCACCAGAGUCUGGCAAACCUGUUGCCUCCCCUUGGCAGAAAGUGGGGGAACGCGAAAGAGGGGAUGCAGCCGCAGGAUUUACCAGGCCCUGUGCAGGAAGAGCUUCCUGAGGUGCAACCUGAACCCUGAACGGGAGAGGAUUGGGCCAGUGAGCCCCCAGGAAGGUCCAAGAGGAGUAAGGACUCGUCCCUGUGUCUGGUGGUCAGAUAAAAUGGACAGUUCUUUUCUGAGCCGCACCUCGAGUCUGGCCCCUUCUUUGCAUGGGGGCCCACAGGUAGUCUCCGCAGCCUGCUUCUCCCUUCCUCCCUGUCUACCCAGGCUCCCUACAGCACCUGCGAUGAUCCCGGCCUUGGUCUUCUGGGUGAUGGAUGGCUCGCCCCUUCCCUGAUCAUUUCAAGGUGGACCCCUAAGCAGAGAUGUCUGCCAUUGUUCCUGUAGCAGCCAGGGAGCCGCUGAGUGAAGAGCCUACCCAGGAGAGAGAGGAAGGGCCUUUCUGGCAGAGGCCUAGAGGGGUGGGGUGGCUCAGGUCUUUCAGUCACCAUAGAAAACAUGGCCAUGUACCUUAGGCACUGAUAUCUCCUAGCAACACUGUGAGGGAGAGCAUCCUCCCAACUCCAUGGCACUCAAGCAAGGGCCUGGGAUUUGUCCUUGUUACACACAGAAGAUGGGGGAGCUCAGCCUGCAUUCCCCCACCCCCUGCACUCUUCUUCCUGACCUGGCAGGACACUGGGGUUGGGAGGGACUGGAGAGUUGCCAGGGCACCUAGGGAGAAAGAGAGACCUUGGGGUAGGAAGCUGGACACCUCUCUUUCCUUGGAGUGGUCUAGAAGACAGGCGGAUAGUUCAGCUCAUGAACAGAUAAGGUUCAAGAACUUCCUGAGAUGUCUCGUCCUCCCCUACCUCUCUGGUGCUUGGUCAAGGGCUCCUGAGCAGUUGUGCGAUAGUGGGCUGCCACACUGGUGUUGUGCUUCGUGGGAGGCUGAGGAGCUGUGGGCUGAGACCCGUGGUGGCCCUGUUUCUCUGUCCCUGGCCUGCAGCCCCAUCCCUGGCAUCACAUGGGGAAGUCUUAUCCAGAUAGGCUGAGGACAGUCUGUCCAGGAGGCCCUGCAUAGAUUAGAGCCUCCAGAUGCCCAAGGAUGGCCCAGGAGAUAGUUCUGCUGCUUAUCCCACACUCCCCCAGCUUCUCUGACACUGGCAUGUCAAGGUCCAUGCGUUGUACUCCCGACACGGAAACCUGCAGCUCCAGGGACAGAGUGGCCCAACUGCCUGCUUGGAGUCAGGGACCCAAAUGACAGUCCCAGUCUGUCUCGGCUGAAGGCCACAGCUGGAAGGUGGCUGCCACAUGGUCUCUGCUGACUGCCAUAGCCCAGGCCUGAUAGCUGUCUUGCUUCUGCCACGUUGCACUGAGUGGUCUGUGUGUGUAUACACACGUGUGUGAACAUGUUUGUGUUGGGAGGUACAGCUGAGGAGGACCGUCACAGGCGUUCUGCCCUCCCUGUAGAAGAAGGGCCUUGACCUACUGGGAGAAAGAGCGUGGAGUCUGAGGCCUGCCCUCGUAGACCUCCGGCUCCAGGAGAGCCCCUCCUUGCUCGUGCCCAGGCAUGGGCUCUGCUGUGAGGUCAGAGGCACUGGCACUGGGCCGCACUCUGGGUCCCCUGGUGUCAGCCAGGAGAUGGGCCUGGAACUAGGACUCAGCUCUGUGUUCCUGGCCCAUUCUGGCCCUGAGUAGUCUGUGAGCUUCUGCUUUCCCCGCCCCCUUGGCUGCUUUUGCUCCCUCAUGGUCCCUGGCUGUGUGACGGGGUCACGAUGCACUUUAUAUACUGGCAGUCUGUAUUGCAGGCAGCGGAGCUUCAAGCAAUUCAGAGGCUUGACCUGGACGCACGUACCUUCCCAUGUGUGAUGAACCCUGCACCGCCAGCGCUGUCUGGUCACAGAUGCAGUUUCUGUGUUGUCACUUGUCUCCCAACGUUAAAAGAAAACCGUUGAGUUCAGUACAGCA